AUGGCAAAUGUUAUUGUACAAAGUGUCCGCCGACAACACGCUAGUGUAAAUACAGUUUACCAUGCACUGUAUGGAUAUUACUUCUUAGGAAUUUCAAAAUCACGACUUGCCACUAUUUAUGGAAAAUCACUCGCCACUAUCUGCUCUUGGAUCAAAAAGUACGACCAGAAUGGGCUCUUCCGGCGUAAACAACGUGAGCAGGUGUACAAAAAGUUCAGAGUCGGUAUGCGUAGUUGGUUGGCUCAACUUUACAUGAGAGAACCUAUGUUGUUUCUGGAUGAGGCUAAGGAAAAGUUCCAGAAGCGAUUCCAUAUUACCAUUAGUGUGUCGUCGAUUUGCGCUAUUUUGCACGAGUGUGGUCUCUCACGAAAAACAAUUGAACGCAGGGCCAUUCAAAUAAGAGAUACGGAAAUUGUAAGAUUCGUUACAGAACUGAUGGCUAUUCAGUGGGAUAUCUACAACCUAAUUUUUCUAGACGAAGUUAGCUUCGACAAUCGCGACAUGCUACGCCGGAAAGGAUAUGGGGUAAUAGGACAAAAAGUUAUCUAUCGUGGUGAAUUUUGUCGCAAGCCUCGUGUAUCUUUACUUUGCUUCCUGGGCAUGAAUGGGAUGCUGGAUAGUUUUUCAACACAGGGUACAUUUACAAGAAACAAAUUCUUUGCAUGUUGCAGAAAUUUUGCUUUACAUAAUAAACAUGUACAAAACUAUCCAGGAUUUCAUUCGGUUUGGGUGAUGCAUGGGGCAAGGAUCCAUUGUGAUCCAAAUAUUAUUAGAUACCUGAGAUCGAUCGGCAUAAUCCCAGUUUUCCUCCCAGCAUAUUGUCCUUUUUUCAAUACUAUCGAAAUAAUUUUUGGUUUAGUGAAAAAAGAUCUUAAUAGGAACAGAGUAGAGCACUCAUCAGUCAUCAGUUUCAAAAUUUAUUCUUGCACAAACAUUUUUGAGCAUUGUGGGUAUUAUGCGGGAGGAAAUAUUUUCCCAGAAAAAGGUUUGAAUCAAGACAUUAGACAAAUGGACUUUUUUUUUAUUAAAGAACGUUAA